AAUUUAACCUUAACCAUAUUCUUCGUCUUCCUUAGUUCGUAUCAUCUACGGUAAAAAAAAAAAAAAGAAAAGAAAAAAAGCUCAAAUCCCUAAAAAUCAGUGGUGUAGCCGUCUCGAGUCUUGCUGCUCCACCUCCGGAGGUGACACCCCGCUCAAGUUUCUCUGCGUAUCGCCUUUGUUCUGAGUCAAUCCGCUUUGUCGGUAGUUUCGCUGAGAAUUCGUAGAUCUGUUCUGUGGCGGUGUUCGGUUGGACUUUCGCAACCCUGUCGCGUGUCUCCUCGUCAAGGCCAACCUAGCUGCGAUCUGGCUGUUUAUAAAGCAAUUCACGUAGAGCUUUAAGAGUAUGGCUCCAGCUAAAAGCAAGAAAAGAAAAGGAUUAUCCUCCAAAUAUACUGAAGAGAAGGCUGUUUCGAAUAAGAAACAGCUAAGAAAGCCGAAAGAAACUACCAAUAAUGUUGAAUCCACUUCCCAAGAGGCUAUAGUAUCUGACAAGAAAAUUGAAGAUGAAAAGGUUACUGACUCAAAAGAGUCUGCUCCAACUCCUCCAGCGAGGAAGCCUUGCUCGUGGCUUAAGCUCGACAGGCUUAACCCUCAAGUUGGAAACAAAUCAGAACAGGAAUCAAAGCAAGGCACUGAGACAAAUACCACUGGUGGAACUCAAAUUGCAAAGGACGAUAAGAGAAAAUCUUCCGAAAACCAUGUUGAUUCAAAGCCUGACGUGAAAAAAAAGGAUUCACGGCCUGAAGAGAAAAUGAAAGAUUCACGGCCUGAGGAGAAGAAGAAGGAUUCACGGCCUGAGGAGAUAAAGAAGGAUUCACGGCCUGAGGAGAUAAAGAAGGAUUCACGGCCUGAGGAGAAAAAGAAGGGGGUUUACAGUGACAGGCGGGAAGACAGGGAGAAGAGAGAUGAGGAAACUGGAAAAGAUCCCGGUGGAUUAAUUUUUAUGUGCAAUGCUAAAACUAAAGCAGAUUGUUUCAAUUACCAACUAAUGGGAAUCCCGGCAAACAAAAAGGAAGUUGUGAUGAACAUCAAGCCAGGGCUUACACUUUUCCUCUACGACUAUGAUCUCAAGCUCUUGUAUGGAAUCUUUGAGGCAUCUUCUGCUGGUGGUAUGAAACUCGAGCCAACAGCUUUCGGUGGAGCUUUCCCCGCACAGGUCCGGUUUGCUGUAAUCAAGGAUUGUCUUCCUCUACCCGAAAGUAUGUUUAAGAAAGCACUUAAAGACAGCUACAAUGAGAAGACACGGAAAUUCAAAACUGAGUUAACUAUGAAACAAAUCAAAAACUUGGUAAAUAUGUUCCGUCCCACCCCAUAUUUGCAUUCGUGUGGCAAUGGAUCCGUAGCUCCUGAAGCCAAUCCCAAAGGAUACCCAAACAUGGGAAGAAGCCCCAUCCCUUUACACCCGGAGAAUCAACUCGUUAGCAAUCCGGGAUUUCCAAAUCCAGCCCCUCAAGAUCCUCUCUUUCUUACCGAGAAAAAAUACAGACAAAAUGGCCUUCGACAAGGCUGGCCUGUCCCUCCGGCAACAACAGGCGCUGAUACCGGCCACCCUUUCGAGCCCAAGGGUCUCGACAAAGAACUAAAGCAACUCCUAAGGUAUCCAUCAUCUUCUACAGGCACCGAUUCAGACAUACAUCAUCAAGAUUUCCGCAGCGAUAUUAGGUAUGGCCUCAGAACCCCGUGGCAAAUGCCGAAUUCAGCAGCAGCACCACCUCAGAUAGCGAACAACAACAACUCCGUCGAAGUUUGCGACCCCUACGACGAGAGCACCACCUCUCUUGUCAACCGGUACCUAGCAAUGCCUAGGACAACGGCGGCAGUUCCAACCGAUCUGUACCCUAUGGCCGGAAGAUCUGUUAACGGUGAUGGUGGUGGCGAAAGAGCUUUCCCGUCUUACAGCCUCGGCAGUCAAUCGGAGUUUGAUCAACGGCCGUAUUCGCUGAAUUCUCGCGACCCAUCUUGCCACCCGGGAAGCGACGUAGCCGCGCCCGUCUCGCACCGCUACUCAUUCCCCAGGCCGUAAGGUAAAAAUCACAUCUUGCAAGAGCCCUGCAAAUGCAAAUCGCCUUAAAUUUUCUUAACUGUAGCUAUUAUAUAUGUAUUGCCCUGGUAACCUUUGUUGUACUACUUUGGAAGCCUUUUAUCGUGUCUAAGCUUCUUGAAACUACAAGCCAAUAUUCCCAUUAAUCCAUAUAUCAAAUGUUACAUAAUUA